ACAACCAAUUUUUUUUUAAUUUUUUUUAAUGACCUUGUGGCAAUGCCUCGGAAGGGCGGAAGGGGGGGAAGACGUACGCGUCCUCUUCACCAGCCACAGAACACAACAACACAGGUGUGGGUAGCCUCGUCCGAAUUCGUGCGUCGGGGUUGAGUUUGGGGCUAGCAGGGAUGGGUGGGCUAACUUACCUGUUCAACUGUGAGCAUUCGAGCGCUGCCCCGCCUCACUGCUCUGGCUUGCUAACUAGAGUUCAAGACAGGAUGGAAGGGACGGGGUUGGCAUGGCCUGGCUUGUCUUCGGGGAUGGGGAUUGCCGUAAACAAAGUGUGGGCCGGAGGGAAAGGAAAGAGGUUUCCCUCAAUGCCUUUAUUAUAAAGUGGCCCCCUAUCUGCAUCGCUUGUGGUCUCUCUUGAAUUUUCCCUUCAUUCCUUCACACACACUCGCUAUCGACAGUAUCAUACCUUUUUCCCGUCCAUCUCUCAUAUCGACAAACACUCACUCGAAUUCCUUCGGUCCAAUUCCACCACUCCAAUCAUGCAAUUCAAAUUUCUCUUCGCUGCUUUGCUGACCGCUAGCGCUGCUAGUGCCGCUGAGUACGUUCCUUCUUCCCUCUUCACAUGGUUGUGUCGAAGGCACGAUAGCUAAUAAUCACCUCCAGUGUCACCGAUAUCAACAACCGCGUCACCUCCCUCGCCGGUGCCGCUACCAACGCGGUUAACAGUAUCAACUCGGGGGUCACUCAGAUCACUGGAGCACCCUCGUCCAUCCGUUCAAGCGUCGAGUCCCUCGCUUCGAGCCUCACCUCGGGGGCUGGUUCCCGUGUCUCCAGCCUUCGCUCGGAGAUCACCAGCGUAGCCGGGGACGUCACCAGCAAGGCUGGAUCAAUAAUCUCGAAGGUGGAAAGCGACCUGAGCCGGUACCAGACCUACAGCGGGUACUCCUCCUUCACGUCCGGCUUCAAGAGUGUCAUCACCGCUGGACCCUCCGCCGUUAGCAGUUACGUCGCCAAUCUCCCGUCCAAUUUCGACUCGUCCGCUCGCUCUGAGUUUGCCUCCGCCCUGAAUAGCGCUGCGGCCGAGGUCACGUCUGGUUCCAGCGGUGCCGGGUCUACCUCGGGCGGAACCGGAUCUAGCAGUGGUACUUCUUCCAAUGCUGCUGGGAAGAAUACCCUGGUCGGGAGUGUCCUUGGUGCUGCGGGUGUCCUUGCUGUUGCUUUGGCCCUGUAAAAAACGAGAACGAACAUAUAAACAAUUGUUUUAGCGGUGCAGUACUGUACAAGGGUUGGGGCCCGACCGUCGUGGGCUUUAUCUGGUGGUCUUCCUAUGGUGUUUGUCUAUUUAUUUCCUUGUCAUUUUUGUAGAAAGUCUUUUACUUAAUCCUUCUCCCUCACUAAGCAAUACAAACCUUUUUUUCCCCUUCCCACCACUUUUACUUUCACAGUUCUGCUCCAAGAGCCAGAGUACUCGUACAAGUACAACUGCACUUAUCGGCAUUCGGGGCAUGUUUUCCCUCCAAUCUCGGGGGAGGGCGCACGAUCCACGAUCGGCCAACGGCUGAAAAAAGCAAAGCAAUGGAAAAAGAAAGUGUAAGGACUAGCAAUCUUACUGGGUUCGCAGGGGUUAUCUUUGUAAGGCUUGUCCGCAUUUACUCAGUGGGGGCCAUUACGCAUCGGAAAAUCGGCAACGGGACGGUGGCAAUGCAAAUUAGGGGUUACCGGUACCGGUAUUCGAUCGGAGAAUUAUGUUCGGACAGAAACACCAUGAUAGAAGUCAAAACCCGGGCCGGUUUCUCUGGUGUAGCACUCGAUUGAACAAGCGAGAAUCGGAGGUUUGGAUCACUAUCGUGGGGCUCCUUCUGAUUCCCAUUCACGCCUUCUAUCUCUUCUAUCUCUUAUUGAGGCGUUCUAGGGAUAUCCUUGUUUUUUAUCCCCGUUUUCCUUGUCCCAUCCACCGCAGUUGUUUGGUAAGGGUACGAUAGACGAUGGAUGGCAGCCUUUCCCCAAUUUCCAGUGACCUCCCCGGGUGCUGGUUUCUCCAUUCCCUUGCCGGUGCGGGUGAGUAAAAAUAUGGCCCUAGAAGUCGGUAUAGAUCCGGUGCGGGGCCCCCACAAUGGACCCUCCCCAGGCACGAAUCCAACAUGUGCCGUGACGGACCCAACAAGGGAUAAAGGUUUUAUGCAAAACCAUCUAAAAUAAUACCAUCUUUAAUCCUAUUCACUCCAUAUUUCGAUAAAAUAAAGUGAGCACCCAUACAAACCGGUUCCGAGGCGAUGGAUUUUUCUGAGCGCCGACCGCCCUUGCGAAGCGGGACGAAAGAGUGUGGGCAAGGUGGUCGGCUUUUUUGUGUCCGGCCAGUGAGGACAUGGUGUGAAGCAACGUGAUGACCGAUAGGAAUUUCACAGCCACUGCCCCUCCAGACAGGGUCUUUGAGAGGGUGUGUUUCGCCAUCCGCAAGGACUGUGAUGGUCCAGGUGGAAGUAAUCUCGGAAUUACCCUGGACAAGGGUGCGCCCUCAAGCAGCGACUCGCACUGUGGGAAGCGGCGAGAGCGGUGCCGUGAUUGCCGGUAUGAUUGCGGGAGUGUAUGAUACGGCGACGGAAUUAUGCAGGGUGAUUGAAAUUCCCCUCAUUUGAUCCCGGCAGGGGUAGAGAGAUCGUAGCGAAUUCAGGUGUUUGUUGGGUCAAAUAGGAAAAGGAAGAAAAUAAUUCCAAGAGUGUCA